GUUUAACACCCAGUCCUGGAGUCACCUCCUCCAGGAAGCUUUCUGUGAUCCAAAAACUGGGUUAGAUGUUUCUUUUUAGUGAUCCUAUGUUCCCUUACGAAUAUUGCUGUCCCUUCAUUUUAAAAAUUGACUUAUUAUUAUUCCCGUGUCCAUCUUCUCCACUAGUUGGGAAAUUCUUGUUGAGGCAAUGGACUGUUGAAUUCCUAAGAACUAGCACAUAGCAGGCCUUCAGUGACUGUUUCUUGAAUGAAUAAAUAAAUGACCAACUUUCCCAAGGUUACAUUAUAAGUUCUGAAACUUGAACCAAAAUACAUUAGAACCCAUGUUUAUUCCACUAUUGUAUUUGCACAUUAGGGUGGUUAAAGUCCUUCAAGGGCUAAAUUUUAAAGGGCUAAAUACUAUCAUAAGGUUUUUCUUCCACCUAUUGAAAUUGGUUUUAAUUUUUCAGUAAUACAUUCAUGUGACUCAGUAAUCAAACGAUAUACAAAGAUAUUCAGUCAAAAGGUCUUGUUCCCGUUUUUCUCUUCCACCUUUCCAAUUCCCACUUUCUCUGCCCCAAGGUAACCAAUCUUGUUCAUUUCUUAUAUCUUCUUUUAGUUUUUCUUUUUGCAAAUGCAUGCAUAUAUGAAGCUAUAUAUUAUUCUUUACCCUCCUGACUUUCAGAAAGGUGUUUUAAAUUUUUUCAAAUAUCUCUAGUUUUUCUGAAGUGGGUACAUAUUAGAAAAAAAGAGCUAGUCAGUACCCAGCUUGAAUGAACUCACAGAGAGAAACUUGGAAGAGGACAGCUAUUUAAUGAGGGAGGGAGAUAAUCCUGCCUGCUCAUUGGCUUUUAGGGAGGUGCAGGGUCCUCUAGGACAGAGCCUGUGGUCCGGGUAUCGCUCAUAGGCAGAUUCUCAAGCUCCCCAAAGUUACGUUUUCUCUGGAACUCUCCUAGGCCACUCCCUGCUGAUGCAAUAUCUGGGUUUGGGCAGAAAGGAGUUGUGCUUCCGAGCCCGCCCUUUCUGAGCUUCCUGGGCCGGCUCUAGAACAAUUCAGGCUUCGCUGCGACUCAGACCUCACUUCCAACAUAUGCAUUCUGAAGAAAGAUGGCUGAGAUGGACAGAAUGCUUUAUUUUGGAAAGAAACAAUGUUCUAGGUCAAACUGAGUCUACCAAAUGCAGACUUUCACAAUGGUUCUAGAAGAAAUCUGGACAAGUCUUUUCAUGUGGUUUUUCUACGCAUUGAUUCCAUGUUUGCUCACAGAUGAAGUGGCCAUUCUGCCUGCCCCUCAGAACCUCUCUGUACUCUCAACCAACAUGAAGCAUCUCUUGAUGUGGAGCCCAGUGAUCGUGCCUGGAGAAACAGUGUACUAUUCUGUCGAAUACCAGGGGGAGUACGAGAGCCUGUACACGAGCCACAUCUGGAUCCCCAGCAGCUGGUGCUCACUCACUGAAGGUCCUGGGUGUGAUGUCACUGAUGACAUCACAGCCACUGUGCCAUACAACCUUCGUGUCAGGGCCACACUGGGCUCACAGACCUCAGCCUGGAGCAUCCUGAAGCAUCCCUUUAAUAGAAACUCAACCAUCCUUACCCCACCUGGGAUGGAGAUCACCAAAGAUGGCUUCCACCUGGUUAUUGAGCUGGAGGACCUGGGGCCCCAGUUUGAGUUCCUUGUGGCCUACUGGAGGAGGGAGCCUGGUGCCGAGGUGAGACUCCAGCCUUGGCCUUUGGGUCAGGCUUCGGGAAAGAAGGCACAGAUUUCUGAGGGAACAUGUCAAAAUGGUGAGGAGUGGGGGUAUUCCAGUGCACCUAGAAACCAUGGAGCCAGGAGCUGCAUACUGUGUGAAGGCCCAGACAUUAGUGAAGGCCAUUGGGAGGUACAGCGCCUUCAGCCAGACAGAAUGUGUGGAGGUGCAAGGAGAGGCCAUUCCCCUGGUACUGGCCCUGUUUGCCUUUGUUGGCUUCAUGCUGAUCCUUGUGGUCGUGCCACUGUUCGUCUGGAAAAUGGGCCGGCUGCUCCAGUACUCCUGUUGCCCCGUGGUGGUCCUCCCAGACACCUUGAAAAUAACCAAUUCACCCCAGAAGUUAAUCAGCUGCAGAAGGGAGGAGGUGGAUGCCUGUGCCACGGCUGUGAUGUCUCCUGAGGAACUCCUCAGGGCCUGGAUCUCAUAGGUUUGCAGAAGGGCCCAGGUGAAGCCGAGAACCUGGUCUGCAUGACACGGAAACCAUGAGGGGACAAGUUGUGUUUCUGUUUUCCACCAUGGACAAGGGAUGAGAGAAAUAGGAAGAGCCUGUUGUCUACAAGUCUAGAAGCAACCAUCAGAGGCAGGGUGGUUUGUCUAACAGAACACUGACUAGGGCUUAGGAGAUGUGACCUCUAGACUGGUGGCUGCCAUUUGCUGGCUGAGCAACCCUGGGAAAAGUGACUUCAUCCCUUCGGUCCUAAGUUUUCUCAUCUGUAAUGGGGGAAUUACCUACACACCUGCUAAACACUCACACACAGAGUCUCUCUCUAUACACACACUUACACAUAUAUACACCCAGCACUUGCAAGGCUAGAGGGAAACUGGUUACACUCUACAGUCUGACUGAUUCAGUGUUUCUGGAGAGCAGGACAUAAAUGUAUGAUAAGAAUGAUCAAGGACUCUACACACUGGGUGGCUUGGAGAGCCCACUUUCCCAGAAUAAUCCUUGAGAGAAAAGGAAGCAUGGGAGCAAUGGUGUUGAGUUCACUUCAAGCCCAGUGCCGGUGCAGAGAGGAAUGGCUUAGUGAGCUCUACAGUAGGUGACCUGGAGGACGGUCACAGCCGCACUGAAAAUGGGAUGUGCAUGAACACAGAGGAUCCAUGAACUACUGUAAAGUGUUGACAGUGUGUGCACACUGCAGACAGGAGGUGAAAUGUAUGUGUGCAAUGUGACAAUGCAGAAGUCAGUAACGUGCAUGUUUGUUGUGCUCCUUUUUUCUGUUGGUAAAGUACAGAAUUUAGCAAAUAAAAAGGGGCCACCCUGGCCAAAAGUGGUCUUUAAA